AUGGAGGAGGUAAUGGUGGCUCCGCCGCGAGCGCACGAAGCUCGGAUUCGAAUCGUCUGCACGUCGCUUUGCCAGAGCGACAUCAAUUUGUGGAAGAGGAAGGAUUUCCCUGGGAUUAUGCCCAGGAUUCUCGACCACGAAGCGAUCGGACUGUAG